AUGGUAGCCUUCAUCAAAGGAAGGAGACAGGAGAGAGGGAGAGUCAACAUGGCGUCCGAGCAGGAGAGUUCCAACGGGCCGGUGAAGAAGUCCAUGCGAGAAAAGGCCAUAGAAAGACGUAACAUCAACAAGGAACACAACAGUAACUUUAAAGCUGGCUAUGUACCCAUAGAAGAGGAGCGUCUUCAUAAGACAGGGCUGAGAGGACGUAAGGGAAACAUGGCCAUUUGCAUCAUCGUCCUCCUCUUCCUCCUCGCCUUAAUUAACCUCAUUAUCACACUAGUCAUAUGGACUGUGAUCCGUAUUGGUCCGAAUGGCUGCGACAGUAUGGAGUUCCAUGAGAGCGGCCUGCUGCGCUUCAAACAGAAGGCGGACAUGGGCAUCGUUCACCCGCUGCACAAGAGCACAGUAGGAGGCCGUAAGGACCAGGACCUGGUCAUUGUCGGCAACAACAACCCGGUUGUGUUCCAGCAAGGCACUUCUAAGCUCAGUGUAGAAAAGGACAAGACCUCGGUCGUCAGUGAUGUUGGAAUAACGUUCACGGACCCUCGAACACAGACCACGUACUUCAGUACGGACUUUGAAAACCAUGAGUUCCAUUUGCCCAAAGGAGUCAAAGUCCUCAGCGUUAAAAAGGCGUCCACAGAAAGGAUCACCAGCAGCGCAUCAGCUGACCUGAACAUUAAAGGGGACAGCAAGGCCAUCAUCCGUGGUAAUGAGGGGGUCAACAUCAUGGGCCGGACCGUAGAGUUCAAAGUGGGUGGAGGCAUCGAGCUCAGAGCUGAGAACAGCAUCGUCCUCAAUGGAUCAGUCAUGUUCAAUACCACACGCAUCCCUAACUCAGCAGGAGAUGUGUAUUUCGAUCAGGAUAUGGAGAGGUACAAGCUGUGCAUGUGUGCGGACGGGACUCUGUUCCGCGUGAAGGUGAAGUAUCCCAACAUGGGGUGCCAGACGUCAGAUAACCCAUGUAGAAAAGCUCACUAGGCCACCUGACUGGAAUCUGCGGAAAGUCACCGAUCAUGUCAGAUUACAUAUUUCGCAUACCAGGACUUUCUAUAGGAAAUUCAUCAUGACUUGCACAUAACAAUACUGUACCUCUGUGGUUCACCUGACAAAUUCUGUAUUGGGUAUUUUUUUUUGCAGAGCAGGAAUGAUAGAGAUCAAUACCACUUGGCCAAAGAUAUUAACAGAAAUCCUGAAGUAUUUUUUAUUGUUCUGCAUAGUUGCCAAAUUUAUUAAAACUUUAAUAUGCCAUGAAAGCGCUUAACACUCCUACAAAUAAAAUCGUAUUGUGGUUUACAUUGCUAGUUGCAAAUAAAAUCUACGGUAUUUAUUUUUUGCCUUACCCUCCAGUAUUAAACACUAAGUUGGCAGUUUAAAAGGUAGAUCUAGCUAAAACUGAUGCUUUCUAAUAAAACAGUCCUGCAGCAAAUCCUCCUCCAUGAAUGCUUUAAAGUUCAGUUCCUAUUUAAAAUGUUUCAGAGAGGUGUUGAUUCUUUUGAGGAUAUAGAUUGUGGUGCUGUUUUACUGUUAUUACUUAAAACGGACGAGUGUUUCUGUUUUCUACACUGAAUGAUAUAAAUGGGAAGGACAGAAGUAGAGCUUGGCUCAUAUGGAUUUUUGUGGCCGAUCUAUAUAUUUAAAUAAAUUUGUCAAUGAUUCCUUAGAUGUCGUUACUUAACCAAUGUGACAAACAAAUCUAAUCAAGGCUUUUUGUCUUGUUUACUCUGUUUAAAUGAAAGUUUUUAUAUAUAAUAUAUAAUACCAAUAUGUCUGUUAAACAAUUUUAUUGGCCGAUUUUCAUUGGCCAAUUGAUAAAUGGACCGGAUAAACGCUUUAGACAAAAUAUUAAUCAACAGCACCACAAAUUUCCACCUUCAAAAUGACUAGAAAGCUGAAUAAACACCUCACUAAAACUGAACAUUAUAAUUUCCAUGAAAAUAGAAUUUACUGCAGGACUUGUAUUAAACUACAUUAGUUUUAGCUAGGUGUCUGUCGUAAACUACUAACCGAGGGUAAAAACCAUGUGGAGGGGUUAUAUGUGAAUUUAUUUGCUGUUCUUUGUACCUGGCAGCUGUGUUUGAUACUCUCUUUAUUAUUUUUGCGUGAGACACUAAGAUUAUAUCAAGUGAUAUGCACAGAAUUGGGAUGAACUGUAACAUGAGUGAUACAUUAAAAACCCAUCGAGUAAUGCUAAACAGGCCUUUUUCUGCACAUCUAUGACUGACCAUCAUGCAAGUGUCAAUGGAUUUACAAGGGAUGAUCUCUGACAUAUCUAUGUAUAGUAUUCUAAUUUUGUUGCAGAAGCUUUUUACCGUGAGGAAAUACACUAUUGAGAAAACAGAAGAGUGUUUGCACUAAGUUCUAAUACAGAUUCAUGCAUUUCUCUUUAAAUGUUUGGUGUUCAUGAAUGUCAGAUGAGUGGAAACAAUCAGUAGCUUGUUUGAUGCCUAUAUUGUGUUGUUUGAAUUUUGUGCAAUAUACCAUAAAAGAUUUUUAUUUUGCCUUGGAUUGUCUGUUUCAUAACAGUAGUGAUGUUAAGAACAUUUGUUAUUGAUGUCAUGAAGUAGUUGUUCUCAGAGCAUUGCAGACCUGGUGCCUGUUUGGAAAGAAUCGAGUAAUUUUGAACCACAAUGUGGAAAAAUAUGUUCCACAUUUCAAUGCUGUGUUUGUUUCAAUAAAGCAACAUGUUGCUAUGUGAAA